ACGGGUUCCUGGUGUCCUAUCUUGCAGUGUGUCAGUGCCAAGGUAAUAGAGAACACUUGGAUGCACAGUUUUUUAGGGUCAAUUACCUGUGCAUUAAACAGGACUUUUAGAUUAUCGUUUUUUUAGAUGGGGGACAGGUUAAACUCGUCAAAGCUUCCCCCCUCCCCCCCAAUUGUGACAGUAUGUAGAUUUGGUUCUAGUCUAGCAGUUUCUUGCACUGCAGAUUCCAAAUUAUGAGAGCGUCACCAAGCUUGUGACAGGUACCGCGAAUUAUAAUAGACAGCCAUGCAUGGUAUUUAAGUAGAUAUAAUAAAUAGAAACGUGAAGUGGGUACAGCGGUGUUUAAGAAUAAGGAAAUGCCACAAGUCAACUGGCAAAAAUAGAACCGAUCCAGCAACUAAGUACCGGGCGAGGAAAAAAAAAAAAAAAAAAACUUUUAGUUUGGGCAGGAAAAUUAGUAGGACAUCUGUAAAACUUGUGCCUGGCUAUAUAAGAAACUCAGACUAGAACUCGAUCGAGAUACUGGGAUCAGACUCCAGUUGAUGCGGAAUACAAUAUCCUUGUCAGCUGGUUGAUUGACUCGCAGACAGAAUCUCCGACUCUCUUCCCAGCUUGACCGGGAGGCUGUGGAAGGAAACAAGCGACCAUCCGAGGUGACAGGCUGCAGCUACCAGAUAUAUCAACUCAGAGGAGGGUCGGGAGAACUCGAGCAAUGGAUCAGCUGAAGGUGAAGGACCGAAUCCUGGAGAACAUAUCUCUGUCUGUUAAGAAGCUGCAGAGUUACUUUGCUGCCUGUGAGGAUGAGACCCCAGCCAUCCGGAACCAUGACCGAGUGCUACAACGACUGUGUGAGCACCUGGACCACGCACUGCUCUAUGGGUUGCAGGAUAUCUCAUCCGGGUACUGGGUGCUCGUCCUCCAUUUCACCCGGAGAGAAGCCAUCAAGCAGAUUGAGGAACUACAGCACAUUGCCACCAACAUGGGCCGCAGCCGGGCUUGGCUCUAUUUGGCUCUGAGUGAGAGCUCCCUGGAGAGUUACCUGCGGCUCUUUCACGAGAACCGGACUCUGCUACACAAGUACUACUUCAAGAACGCGCUGGUCUGCAGCGAUGACCACCUGACCCUCUUCCUCACACUGGUAUCUGGACUGGAGUUCAUCCGCUUCAACCUGGACCUGGACGUCCCAUACCUGGAUCUGGCCCCCUACAUGCCCGAUUACUACAAGCCCCAAAACCUGCUGGAUUUCGAGGAGCGCCUCCCAAGCUCAGACAGCCUGUCCCUCAACUCCUUCAACUCCAUUACCUCCACCAACCUGGAGUGGGAUGACAGUGCCAUCGCCCCCUCCAGCGAGGAUUAUGAUUUCGGAGACAUGUUCCCUGCGCCGCAGUCAAUGCCCAAUAUAAACUGGGAAGAAGACCUCACAGACUCUGUCAGUUGCCCUCGUUCUGCAGCCUGUGAGCCUCCCCUCUUGGAGGUGGCUGUGAGGAGCCCCACGCUGCGCUACAACCCCUUCAACGAGGAGUCAGACACAGCCACUUCCGCGGAGGUGACCCCCGUGCACCACGCCUCCCGGGACAGGAGCAACACAGCUGGGGACGACGCAGAGAGCACUGGCACAGAGUUGGAGGUCAUCAGGCUAGCUAGGAGGAGGAAGCCUUGUAAGAAGAAGCGAGGGAAGGUGGAGAUGGUGAGCAAUCAUAUGAGCAGCUCUGGCCCGGAGAGCAGGGGGCAGGAGGAGCUAUCGAAGUGGGAAUCGGGGGACACGGUGGAGCCCCAGGCGGAGAGGGGGGGCCCAGAGGACUCCGUGGCCCUGCCAGCGGAGGAGGAAGUUGGAGACGAGGGGCUGCGUCUGCCAGAGAUGACCGACACCUCGAUGGACAGCGUGGGUCAGCCACUGCGUGAGGUGAUGGACCAGCUCAAUGGAGCUCUGGACACUGACCGCUGGAGGACAGAGGAGCCUGACGGCCAGCAGCCCUUUCGGGAGAGCUCAGGGGGAGAGCCUCCGGACCCCCCUCUACUCCCCCUGGACCAGGACCUCCUCCAGACCCCCCCUCCCAACAACUUCUACCGCUUUACCCCCGAAAGUCCAGGCCCUGCUUCCCCAGGUGGUGGCCACUAUGACCCUGCAGGGGAUGGCCAGCCGCCGCAUGUUCAUGGUGGCCAUGAAGGUGAGGGAGCGGGAGAAGUGCAGGCAGGAGAGGCAGCCAGACCCCUAGAAGAGCGACGAGUGGAUGAAGGUAAAGAGGCGGUUCAUAAUGGAGCCCACCUGGACACCGUCAACAACAUUCCAGACUCCCCAAUGCCGGUCCCUGGCCAGGGACCCCCAGGACAUUGUGUGAUUGAGGAAGACGAGCCCAGUAGCCCAUCAGAGGUCAUGCAUCCAGCUGAGUUUAGGGUGGAUAACAAUCACCUCCUGCUGCUAAUGAUCCAUGUUUUUCGGGAAAAUGAAGAGCAGCUUUUCAAGAUGAUCAGGAUGAGUACAGGACACAUGGAAGGGAACACGCAGCUGCUCUACCUGCUUCUUACAGACUGUUAUAUCUACCUGCUAAGAAAAGGAGCUGCAGAGAAACCCUACACUGUGGAGGAGGCUGUUUCCUACAACGAGCUUGAUUACAUUUCAGUAGGUAUGGACCAGCAGACAGUCACCCUGGUCUGUACGAACCGACGGAGGCAAUUUCUGCUCGACACAGCUGACAAGUCCCUGACGGAGUGGUUCCUGGCUUCUGUCAAGUCAGCUAUGAUUAAGGGCUGCCGGGAGCCCCCCUACCCCUCCAUUCUCACUGACGCCACCAUGGAAAAACUGGCACUCACCAAGUUUGUGGCACAGGAGUCUCGGUGUGAGGCGACUGAGGUUUCUAUCCAGCUCUAUGCUCUUGUGCACUGGGAGGACCCCAUGGAUGUGGCUGUAGGACACCAGGAUGGCCUCUACGUGCCUGGUGAGAGUACCCACACCAAGGAGGGGGUGCUGCACUACAAAGCCGGGACCUCCUACCUGGGAAAGGAGUACUGGAAGAGUUGCUACCUGGUACUGAGCAAUGGGAUUCUGUACCAGUACCCAGAGCGGACUGAUGUGACUCCUCUGCUCUCUGUUAGCAUGGGGGGAGAGCAGUGUGGGGGCUGCCGGCGGUCCAACACCACUGACCGGCCGCACUCCUUCCAGGUGAUCCUGAGUGAGCGGCCUGCCUUGGAGCUCAGCGCAGCCAACGAGGAGGACAUGGCUGACUGGAUGCAGUACCUGUGCCAGGCAGUGUCCAAGGGGGUUAUCCCUCAGGGUGCAGCGCCCAUCCCUUGUAUCCCAUGCUGCCUUGUGCUGACAGACCGGAAGUUGUUCACCUGCCAUGAAGAUUGCCAGACCAGUUUCUUCCGCUCUCUGGGUGGCAGUGAGCUGACCGAUGUGACAGCCGUUUGUAUCGAAACAGACAAAGAGUACUGUAUAAUUGAGUUUGCAGAGGACCGGAAGCAGUACCUGCCCCCCUGGGUUUUGUAUUUUAGCUGCCUUGCUGAGCUUCAUAGAUUCCUCGCCAGUUUUGAAGCUGCCUGGCAGGACAUCUUUCAGGUGGCACUGACACGGCGGCAGGUAGUGGAACCGUCGGUUCAGAAGAAGUGCCGGGACGCGCUGUGUCUCAUUAGAAGUGCGUGGCAGCGCAGUGACAGCCUGCAGCGAGGCCGGUCAGAGAGAGACCCCUGGUGCUGAGAAAGGGGGUAACCAGAGGACUUGCCCUUAACCAGGGGCAGGGGGGCCUGGAGCGCUCCUUUGGCCUUGAAGGGAGGGAAGGGGUGUGGGUGAUAUCCAAACAUGCCUGCCCUGAAACCUAGCCAUGUGGUUUCAGAACUUCUCUAGUGCCUCCCACCCCUGCCAAACUGCGGACUAGCAGAUCUAGAUCAACCUGCAGACUAGAAAUCCAGUAAAAUAGAACCUUUUUCAUCUGAGAUGAUCAUAUACUUCACAGAAUAGAACACUAUGCCCAUAGAUUCAUAGAGUCUGGUAAGGGAGUGGGAAGGCUGUGCCUUGAGGUUGUGGGACUGUGACUGUAGCUGGGGGUCACGGAUCUGCAUACAAAAACAAGUAUUCCAAUAGGAUCACAGCACACUUGCCCCAUAGAACAGAAAAAGGCUAAACUGGAGCUGGACACUACCAUCGGUGAGGCUGAGGAUCUUCUGAAACAGGAGGACCACAGUGAUUGCUGAAUCACUAUCCAGCAGCAUUUUGUACAGGAAGCUGCUCAAGCAUAGCUAGCAGGAAUUGGCUUCUAGUAUAUAAAUAGGACAGGAAGGUACAAGUGAGAGAUAUGACUCACAAAUGAUAAAGUCCCAAAUUAGUCACUAUUUUCUUUUGAAUUGAUUCUAUUUAAACUAGAACUAUUUCAUGCUGUUGGGACCCUAUUCAAAAAAAGGAAUGCCUGUUAUUAAAAUGGAAACUCAGAUAAGAAGUGACCAGUUUAAACUGAUACUAGUUUUCAUUACACACACAGAAGGGAAGCAAUAGGAGAUUUGAAUGUGUUAUGGUACUUGGCAAUCCAGAGAGAAAUGCGUUACAAAAUAUAAGUGAAGGAAGCUAAACACGCUUUCCUGUUCACUAUGAGGGGUUGUGUAUUCCUGGUGUUCUCUUGCAAACACUACAGCAGUAGUGGGGAUUCACAUGGAACAGGAUAGGAACUGGGAUGGAGUAAUGAUCAUGUCGGAGGAGCUUUUACACUACCGCAUUGUCCUUUGUUUUCUAGGGAAACUAUAUAUUUUGCAAAACACUUCAAGACGCAGUCCCCCCACAAUCAUGUUCAAUUUUGCUAUAGUUUUAACUAGUUUAUCCUUCUGUGCAUCAGAAAAUACAUAGUCCAGUUAUUGUACAUUGUUCUGAAACCCGCUUCAGCAGCAGCUUCAACAUGUAUCUAUAUAACACUCAUAACCAGUUCCUUAAAAAAGUUUACGUUUAAUUUGUUGCCACAAACUGCACAGGACCUUUUUAUUUUUUGUGGGCUUUUUAAAAUUUUUUUUAAUAAACUACAAAAAAAAAAAAAAAAAAAAAAAAAAAGAGUACCUCAUCUUGAAGGAUGGUUGUUUGCACUGUGUGUUAAUCCCACCUGUCUGACUUUACGUUUGACUUAUUUUUUUUAUGUUAAUUUGGAUUUUUUGUACAACCAGUUCCACUUCACACUUUUUUUUUUUUUUUAAAUAGUUUUUUCGUAAAAAAAAAAAAAAAAAAAAAUUUGUACUGGAAACUUAUUUUCAGUGGGAGUAAAUGUUGUCUACAUUUAUAGAAUUAGGACCUUCAAGUUAAGGUAUCCAACUAAGGGGUUAGUUGUACUAGUACUAGAUGCAAACUGGUAUAAGACUCCCAUUGCACAGCAGCUUAAACCAUUCCUGGUUUUACUGGGAGUUUAACGAGACACCUGAGCUUGUUACC